CCUGCUGUGUGAUUGACAGCUGAAAGUUGAGUCUCCAUCCCCUCUCCUUAAGGAGGUAGGAGGUGAUGGGAAGAUUGUAUUACCUUUGCGAGCUUCAUCUGCGCUGUCACCCAGGAGCGGACUGACAACAUACAAAGCUUCCUCCAGCCUCUGGACCUAAGAAGGGGCACAAAGUGGCAUCACCGAGGGCACCAGACCACCCGGACACAUGCUGAGCCUGCUGAAUGGUCAGCUCACAUGGGAUUUGGACUCUCCUCAGGAGCACCCUGGAAGUUUCCCUGAUACUUUGUUGACCUCAUUCAGACAUAUUUGAGGACGAAGUGGACAUUGUGGUUCUGUAUCCGGGGCGCCUCUCUAGCAGGGACACCAGUCAGAUGAGACGUCUCAGCAUUACCCCCUGAUUUUCCCAGACACUCAUAUAGCAGGAUCCCCUAAACUUUGGUUUAGUCUUCUAAUACACUUCUUGGUAGUCUAUAAAGGGUGAUUCCUCCAGGCCUGGUGAUGUUAGCUCUAGGACAGAUGGAUGGCACUAGGCAGAGCGCUUUUCUUCUCAGCAGCCCUCCCUUGGCAGCUCUACAUAGCAUGGCAGAGAUGAAGACCCCCUUGUACCCAGCCUAUGCCCUCUCUAGCCAGCCCUGCUCCUCUUCAUCCUCCUCUUCCUCCUCAUCUUCCUCCUCACCAUCUCCUCCUUUGGGGUCUCCCACUUUAGUGUCCCUAAAAAACUCGUCCACCUCCUCCUCACCACCAGCUACAGGAGGACUGUCCUCCUUGGGCACCCCUCCACCCCAAAUUUCAAUAGCUACCCCUCAUGGAAUCAAUGACAUCCUAAGCCGGCCAGUGAUGCACUGCCUGCCGUCUCUAGCAGGGACUGCCUUAACCCCUAGCACCUCUGUGUCCCCUGUGGCCUCCACCUCCUCUCCGGCUGCCGGCCUCCUGGCAGGGUUACCCCGCUUUAGCAGCCUCAGUCCUCCCCCUCCCCCUCCUCCUGGACUCUACUUCAGCCCCAGUGCUGCUGUGGCCGUGGCCCGGUACCCCAAGCCCCUGACGGAUCUUCCAGGCAGGACACCUAUCUUUUGGCCUGGAGUGAUGCAAAGUUCCCCCUGGAGAGAUGCGAGACUGGCCUGUGGUCCUCACCAAGGCUCGGUGUUGCUGGACAAGGACGGGAAGAGGAAGCACACCCGCCCCACAUUCUCCGGGCAGCAGAUCUUCGCCUUGGAAAAGACUUUCGAGCAAACGAAAUACUUAGCGGGGCCAGAGAGGGCUAGACUGGCAUAUUCCCUGGGCAUGACAGAAAGCCAAGUGAAGGUGUGGUUUCAGAACAGGAGGACAAAGUGGCGUAAAAAGCAUGCUGCAGAGAUGGCCACUGCCAAAAAGAAGCAGGACACUGAGACUGAGAGACUGAAAGGGACUUCAGAUAACGAGGAUGAGGAUGAUGACUACAACAAACCUCUGGACCCUAACUCAGAUGAUGAGAAGAUCACUCAGCUCCUGAAGAAACACAAGUCCAGCAGCUCCUUGCUCCUCCAGCAGUCUGAGAAUGACAGCUCUUCUUAGAGGACUGUAGUGGAUACCUGGGACUGACAGCACUGCACCUGGACUCAUCAGGACCAGAUUAGACUUUUUAUUUUAUCAGAUGUAUAUAUAUUUUUAUAAACUGUAAGCCAAUAAAUGAACACAGAGUACAGUAUUAUUAAAUCCCCCCCCCCCCUCCCCCAAGUAUACACAUGUCCCCAUGGCCAACCCAGCGCUUGAUACAUUAUCACCCCCUAAGGAAGGACUCCCCCUAAAUCAAGGCUCUUGUAAAUAAAUGGCAGGAGGUUAAUGCACUGGGAAUGUGUAAAUGUAAAGUAACCUUCUAUUGUGAUGAGGAGAAAGGUGAAGGAGGGACCACACGACCCCUCUCCAGCAUCUGUUCUCUUCAUAUAUGGACUAUCUAAUGGUCCCUAUUCCACACAAGCCUUAGUAUUUAUUGCUAUGUUGCAGAAUGGGGGGUGGGGGUUCAGGACUAUCCUCAGUUCCUUCUUCCAACCAAUGGCAGACGAUCUUCCAUUCUAUUGCAAUAUGCAGCCUUUUGUAUGGUAAAGUAUACAGGUAGGAGGACAUUCUUUGUCAUGGAGAUAUAACUGCUAUUCAUUUCUAGAAGAUGGAGGAAACAAUGUACUUCAUAGAAGCUGGAGAGGAAUAUUCAUUGCACUUUGUUCUAAACAACACAAACAGAACUCUUCAAGGUGACUUCAGUCGUGACAAGCCUGGUCACCUGUAAGCAGAAUCAUUAUUAAUAUUGAUGGACUAUUGAUCUCUGGAGAGAUCUAAUAAACCUGCUAACAAUUGUUUGUAUAUUUGUUUGUAUUUUCUUCAUCUUAUUAUUAUGAUUUCAGCACUUUGUUGUUUGUCCAUAAGUGUUAAGUAAAGACACGCAACCCCUUCAUUUUAUUGUGUGUGAUCUCCCCUGGUCUUCUUGUGUUCUCUAUAUCAUACA